CUGAAGGAAGAGAGUGCGUCGAGAGAGAGCGAACGGCACAGACACAACUCGUCAACAGUUCCUCCUCCUCCUUCUCCUCUCUGAGCCCCCACAUACGACCCGACUGGACAGCGCCAAAUUUUUUCACUCGUGUCGUCCAGACUCCUUUUUGGCCGCUGCCCGUUGUCAGUUCCGUUUGCUCGUCCUCCGCUCUUCCGCGCGCUCACACACACAGACUCUCAAUUCGGCCUUUUUUUUCUCUUCUCCUUUUGUCGGUCGAAUUUCUUGACUUGUCCCGUCGACUUGAGUUGACUCCCAUCGCUCCUGACAUAGAGAAGAGACUAGACAGGGGAAUCCAGGAGCCGUUAGAUUCCGAAAAAAAGGAGCCCAUUGCUCUGGUUGGCCGUCGGCUGAAUGAUCAGUGUCAUCGGCCGUUUUGACAACUUGCGAGCAUAAAUAUCGAUCGGGAGCGAAAGGGAGGAGGAGGAGGAAGAAGAAGAAGAACCGCGUGAGGUACGUGGCCCAGGAGCUGGUGGCUAACAAACACACACACUCCCUCCCCCUCACGAAAAAGGGGUGGAGGGGGGAAGCAGCAAAAAGAAAGAAAAAGGGAGGGGUGAAAAAAGCAGCAGCAGCACAGCUCUCUUGCUUUCGUGUGCGUGUGUGUGUGUGCGGAUGUGUCUGUGAGUGUGUCGAGUGUGCAUGUGGCUCUGUGUCUCUCCGGUGUGUGUGUGUGUGAGUGAGCCGGGGUCAGAGAUUUGUGCUUGGCGCUUAAACUCGGCUCUCCCCCACCAGUGUUGGCCCAUCUUCGCCGGACUGAUGUGCUCCUGCUGCCAUCCGUGCGACUCGUCCAGCGCAGUGUCAGUCGCUUUCGCCGGCGCCCAGGCGAUUGUUUUGUAUUGAAACUUUACUCACGCCAAUCCUUUUAUUUUCGGCCGACGAUUCAACUUGUACUUGACAAGGAGCUGGGCAGUUUGUGACGGUUUCUCUCUUUUUUCCGAUUGCCUGGGGAUCCUUGACGGUGGGAAAUCCACUUUGGCAGAGAGCAGAAAUCCAAUCAAUAGAAAAGAGAUUGUCUGUUUGUUUAUCUAUCCAUCAGAUAGAAGGGGGUGAAGAAUCCCAGUUUGUUUUUUUGUUACGACUAGAGAAGAGGGUGUUAACAUAUUUUUAAAAAAGAAAAGAAAAGAAAAAAACGAAUAAUGGCCGCGCCGGCAGAUCGUUCACGCUUCACCACUGAGAAAGUUGACAUCGAUCACGAUUGCCAGGCCAUCGCCGCCAAUUCUCAGGGUCUCAUUGGGGACGGCCAUGAGGAACAGCCCUUUGUCACUGACAAGAAGGAGAAUGACCUGAGCGGCUACGAGCGCAAUCUCUACCUCUAUCAUGAGGAGAGCGAGGAAGGCCGCCCGCGAGUGGCUACGCUGGUCAGCUCGCUGGCCAACUACAGUGCCACUGUCCAGGCGCCAACGGAUCCGGAUGCGCCCGACAAGGCCAAGAGCUCGCCCAAGCUCGGCACCCUGGCCGGCGUCUAUUUCCCGUGCAUGCAGAACAUUUUCGGUGUCAUCCUCUUCAUCCGUCUGACGUGGAUCAUCGGCACGGCCGGCAUCGUCCAGGGAUUUUGUCUCGUCACCAUGUGCUGCACUUGCACCAUGUUGACAGCCAUUAGCAUGAGUGCUAUAGCAACUAACGGCGUCGUGCCGGCGGGGGGUCCCUAUUUCAUGAUCUCCCGUAAUUUGGGUCCCGAAUUCGGCGGCGCCAUAGGCCUCCUGUUCUACAUCGGAACCACUUUUGCCGCUUCGAUGUACGUCGUCGGCGGCAUCGAAAUCCUGGUGAAUUACAUUGCGCCUCAAAUCGCUUUGUUUGGUGAUCCGGCCAAGGACCCGGAAGUCCUUUACAACAAUUUACGGGUCUACGGCACGGCCUUGUUAUUUAUCAUGGGCAUUGUGGUGUUCAUCGGCGUCAAACCCGUCAGCAAGGCGGCCCCGCUGGUCCUGCUAUGCGUCAUCCUCUCCAUCAUAUCCAUCUACGUCGGCAUCGGACUCAACUGGAACGGUUCUGAUAAGCUGUGGAUGUGUUUGCUGGGUAAUCGAUUGCUCUCACAAGAAAAUUCGGGAAAUUGCACCAAAGAGGAAGGAUCGGCUUUGUGGAAUUUGUAUUGCAAGUACACAGACGAGAUCGUGGAAGGAGUCACCAACAUCGGUGCCAAUUUGACCAGCAGAGCGGUCAAAUGCGAUCCUUACUUCCUUUCGCACAACACCUCGCUCGUUCCGGGCAUCCACGGAUUGGCCAGCGGAGUUUUCAUGGAAAACUUGGGAGCCUGGCAUUUAGGUAGCGGCCAAGUAGUGGGCAAGACCAUGAAUGCCAUCGACGUCGAGACUCUGGAUCAGCCGCCUUACAACCAGGUGUUGGCUGAUAUUUCCACGAGCUUCACCCUAUUGGUCGGCAUCUUCUUCCCCAGCGUGACUGGUAUCAUGGCCGGCUGCAACCGCUCGGGAGAUUUGGCCGAUGCCCAGCGAUCCAUCCCCAUCGGAACCAUCAGCGCCAUUCUGACCACCAGCGUCGUCUACAUCAGCGCCGUCUUCUUAUUCGGUUCGACGUUUGACAACCUCAUCAUGAGAGACAAGUUUGGACAGAGCAUUGGUGGCAGCUUGGUCGUUGCUAAUUUGUCGUGGCCCAACGAAUGGGUCAUUCUGAUUGGAAGUUUUAUGGCCACAACUGGUGCCGGCCUGCAGAGUCUCAUCUCGGCUCCUCGGCUCCUCUACGCCAUCUCCAAAGACAAUUUGGUGCCCAUGCUGAACCCUUUUUCGACUCUGUCGGCUUCCGGCGAACCCACUCGCGCCCUCUUGCUGACUCUCGCCAUUUGUCAAUUCGGAGUUCUAUUGGGCAACAUCGAUGUUCUGGCACCGCUGCUCUCCAUGUUCUUUUUGAUGCUCUACGGAUUCAUCAAUCUCGCCUGUGCCCUUCAGACACUGUUAAGGACGCCCAACUGGAGGCCGCGAUUCAAAUACUACCACUGGUCGCUGUCUUUCAUCGGAGCUUCGCUCUGCGUCGCCGUCAUGUUCAUGUCUAGUUGGCUCUAUGCUCUGAUAGCCAUCGCUCUGGCCACCAUCAUCUACAAGUACAUUGAAUAUCGCGGAGCCGAGAAGGAGUGGGGAGACGGAAUAAGUGGCCUGGCUUUGAGUGCAGCCCGAUUCAGUUUACUCCGGCUGGAGGAGGGACCGCCCCACAUCAAAAAUUGGCGUCCACAGAUCCUGACCCUAUGCAAAAUGAAUGCCUACCUCGCACCCAAACAGCGCAAACUGUUGGCUCUCGCCUCCCAGUUGAAAGCUGGCAAGGGAUUGGCCGUCGCCUCGUCUAUCCUCCAAGGUGACAUCGCCAUGUGCACCGACGAAGCGACCACGGCCAGACAGAACUUGCGCAAGGCUAUGGAUGACGAAAAGGUCAAGGGCUUUGCUAACGUGCUGGUUGCCAAGGAUGUCGGCCAAGGCAUUGUCCAUCUGAUCCAGUCGACCGGUUUGGGUGGAUUGAAACCCAACACGGUUAUCUUUGGAUGGCCAAACGGUUGGCGCCAGUCGAUAGAGGAGGAUCGAUCGUGGCGCGUCUUUGUCGAUGCCAUUCACACCGCAGCGGCCAACAAGAUGGCGCUGAUUGUGCCCAAAGGAAUCUCGUCUUUCCCCGAUUCCACCGAGAAGAUCUACGGCCAUAUCGACGUCUGGUGGGUCGUUCACGACGGCGGCCUGCUGAUGCUGCUGCCCUUCCUGCUGCGCCAGCACCGCACUUGGCGUCACUGCAAGAUGCGUCUGUUCACCGUUGCUCAGCUCGAGGACAAUUCCAUUCAGAUGAAAAAAGAUCUCAAGACUUCCCUCUACAAUUUACGUAUUGAUGCCGAGGUCGAAGUCGUAGAAAUGAUGGAUAGCGACAUUUCGGCUUAUACUUACGAACGGACUCUGGUGAUGGAGCAGCGCAAUCAAAUGUUGAAAGAGAUGCAACUCAACAAGCGAGAUCCAUCUGGCGUGAGUGCGGAGGUCGGUGAGGUCCAAGCCGUCGUCGACCAGCACCGACACAACGUCAAGGUGCGCUUCCAGGAUGAAGCCGGCCAUCCGACCGAGGCGGAUGGUUUGAAGGAAGUCAAAGUGGAGCAGCCGACGGAACCUGCCGCUGCGGCAGUUACUCCCUCCGCUGAAGCUUUGCCAGCGGCUGAGAAUGCCAUCCAGAAGAGCUCAAUGGUUAUUCCAACCGUUUCAGUCGACGCUCCGCCGGCGAGUCCAACGUCUUCCGAGCGGGUCGACCAGCCAUGCCCGACUCCGGCGCCCACCAAGAGCAAGAAGGAAACUCUACAGGAGCCGGAUGUCGAAAACGUCCGACGGAUGCACACAGCCGUCAAGCUCAAUGAAGUCAUUGUCCAGCGGUCGCACGACGCCAAAUUGGUCGUGCUCAAUUUGCCAUCGCCGCCGAAACAAACCCGCCUGGGAGGAGGGUCUAACUACAUGGAGUUUUUAGAGGUUUUAACGGAGGGUCUGGACCGAGUCCUCAUGGUAAAAGGUUGCGGACGAGAAGUCGUCACCAUCUAUUCUUAGAAUCGAAACCAUCGAGGAGAGCGUGCUCCACCACAAAGCGUCGAGUGCUAGACAAAAAAGAAAAAAAAAAAGAACUGAAUCAAAAGUUCUCUAGAUACAAAUGCGUCGAAUGAGUGCACUUUGACAUGACGCUUACUCAUGCGCCCCAUCUUCACCCCCCUCCAAUUCCCAUCAUUGUCCGGCGAAUUUUGCGCUCGGCUUUGCCAUUUUUGCUUUGACGGUUACAACAUCCUUUGCGUUCCAUAUAGUUUCGUUUUC